AUGGAGCGAUUACUAACUACUAACAUUCCAAGCAGUACGGGGAUCUUUGGCUGUUGUACUGAUAUUUCACAGUGGGAAGAUGAUGAUAUAUCACUUCGUGUUGCUGCCUCCAGAUCGUUUUUGUCAUAUGAUCAACCGUCAGUACUGGAAAUGAUUGCCUUUCCAGAGAUUUGCGAUUGUCAUACUAAGGAUUUAUUUCUUUAUCUUAGAAACAAAAUGUUGCAAAUGUGGCAUUGCUACCCGCAAACAGAGGUCACCCUUAAGAACGUUCUAGAGGAAUUGAGCUCACCAUAUGACGAACCGCUGAAUUAUCCUUCACGUCGAGUCAUAGUGAUUGGCGCUGGCAUUGCUGGAAUUACUGCAGCACAGCAACUAAAAAAUUUGGGCUUGGAUGUGCUUCUUUUAGAGGCCAGACCUCGAAUUGGAGGUCGAGUAUCAACAUUUAUGAAAUCAUUGAACACCAUAUCAUCAAAUCACAGUAAUGAAGAGCAAAUCUUUGCCGAACUCGGUGCUUCUUCAAUUUAUGGAGCACUUUCAAAUCCCUUGAUGACAGUAAUCAAGCAGUUUGAAAUACAGUGCAAUCCUGUACUUCUUGACAGUUGUGCACUGUAUAAUUCUUCAGGAACUGCAGUAGAAUUAAGUUGCGCUAGAUUAAUUGAGCGUUUAUUUCACAAUUUCAUAUAUGCUUCGUCGUACUUAUCGAAUACCAAAAAUAUUUUUGAAGCAAAAGGACAAAUGUUGAGUUUGAAGGAUGCUUUUGAUAUUAUGUUAAAAGAGGAAGAAUAUAUAUUGCAAGCCAGGCGUAUUUCUUUUUUGCAGUCGUAUCAUAAUAUCCUCAAGAAACUACAGAUUGUUCAAGACUCAAUGGUUAUCAUUAAGAACGAAAUACAGUGUAUGUCUCAAACUUAUAAACAUUCAAAAGAAAUGACUGGUGGAACGGAUUGGAAUGAAGAAAAAAUAGUCAAAAAAGAUAUCGCUGAAAAAUGUAUCCGCAAAGACAUCGAUGAUGCCAUAAAUAGUUACGAGUCGUUACAAAUGAGGAGGGAGACGCUGCGUCAAGCCAUAGAAAAAUUUAAGAGGGACAAACCAAGGUAUGUUGUACAUUUGAUUCGAAGGGCUAUGGUGUAA